GUUUUGACAAAAUAUCUCUUAAUGUGAUAAAAUAUUGUCUAAGACUAUAAUUUCUUACCAAAAAUACCUUCUGGUAUAGAGAAUGAUAAGACUCUUUAAUUCCAAAAUUUGCAACCAGUGUUUGUUUAAUUUGCUCCCAUGACAUAUUCUCACCAAUAGUCCUCAUUAUGUCUAAAGCUGGUCCUUAAAUUUUGUUAACAAUUACCCUUGCGAAGAUAUAGUUCCUUGCAUUUUGAUCCUGUACAAGGGGCAAAAGUGUGUCUACCUCUCUGAUGAAUGACGAUAAUGAGAUUGUUCCAUCGCCUCUGAACUCAUUUAUACGUUGUGCAUCCUUCAAAAGUUCUUGUACUGUUGGUUGAUACUCCAUGGUAUUUGAUUUUUUUCUUUUUUUUGCUUAAUUUCAGUGAUUAUUAUAGGUGAAGAAACUUCUCUGUUUUAAUUAUAACUUUUUUUUUUUCAUCAAUAUCACUUUUCCUUCUAGAAUGUAUUAAUAUAAAGUUUAUGAAUCUUUUACUUUCACUUAACCGUAAAUGUCAUUAUUUUAAAUAGUGGGUAUAUAGUUUUGUAAAUUAUAUUUAGGGAGUUCACAAGUCGUACUAUUUGUGGUAUUUGGUCUAUUGCCUAUUAAAUUAUGAUAGUUGUAAAACGAAUCUUGUGAGCGCCCUGUACUAUUUAAUGCACUAUUGCAUGCGCUAUUUCUGCAAUUAAUCAGCUGAUUCAAACAAAACAGAAAAAAUUUAUAAAAAUUAAAAUGCCUAGAAGAAGUGAAAAGAGCAAAUUAAUAGCUGCAAUUUGCGAAAAAUACUUACAAGACAUACUCAUGUUGGAAUUAAGUGAUGACGAUGAGCAGGAAGAAGUGGAUGAACAAUUUAGAGUGAAUAUGCUUAUAUUAUUGAACAAUCGCCGAAGUGCUCACUUAGGAGUUCCUAAGUCGAACCAUUGGGAGCGGAAUGUAUUAAAGCAUUUUGACGAAAACAGAUUUUGCCAAAUGAUGCGCUUAAACCAAACAGAAUUUGCUUACCUUCUAAAUUUAAUUAAAGAUGAUGAUGUGUUUCGAAAUGAUUAUAACGCAGCACAACUUUCGAUCGAUACACAACUUAAGAUCGUCCUUUUUCGAUUAGGAUCAUCAGGUGAAGGACUUUCGGUUCGUAAAUUGGCAUCCUUGUUUGGUAUAGGAGAUGGCGGUACCAUUCAGAUCGUAACCAGGCGAGUUUUUAAUGCUAUUAUUAACUUGAAACAAAGGUUUUUAUACUGGCCCGAUGAAAGGGAGCGAUUAAAGCUUAUUGCAGCAACAGAAAAGGAAAUGCCUGGGUGUGUUGGAUACAUUGAUGGGUCUGAAAUUAAGUUGGCCAAAGCACCUGUGAGGAAUCACGAAAUAUUUUAUUCCCGUAAGCGCCAAUAUUCUGUAAAAAUUCAAGUUAUUUGUGAUCAUCGGCUACGCAUAAGACAACUUACACUUGGUUACCCAGGAAGUGUUCAUGAUGCGAAAAUGUUCUCGGGAUGUUUGCUCUCAAAACAUCCCAAUAGAUUUUUGUCAACCUCGCAAUGGAUAGCUGGAGAUAGUGCAUAUCCAUUAAAGUCAUUUUUAGUAACCCCGUUUCGGCAAAAUAGUACAGAAUAUAGCAGAGAAGAAAGAGAAAAUUUCAAUAAAUACUUUUCCAAAUACCGCGUACGUAUUGAAAAUUGUUUUGGGGCCUUGAAAGAAAAAUUUUCAGGUCUAAAAGAACUCAAGUUCAGAUUGCACACUAUCCAAAACAAGAGAGAGUGUAAUGAGUGGAUAAUGGUCUGUUGUAUUUUGCACAACAUUUUUAUAAAUUUCAACAACGAAUAUCAUGAAAGCAGCGUGGAACCCAGUGUGAAUUUAUUACCAUCAACAAACCUUAGACAUAGUCUACUGAACUUUAUUCAAAACCAUCCUAUUGUUUAACGUUUUUACUUAUAUAAAUAUUCAUUGAAAUAAAAAAAUUAACUUUA